GCCUUGGAGCCUCCUUGGCCUCUCCUGGACUUCCAGAUUUCCCUUUUCACUCCUCUGUUCUAUAGAUGCCACAGCUGAGCCUGUCCUGGCUGGGCCUAGGGCCAGUGGCGGCCUCCCCAUGGACGCUGCUGCUGCUGGUGGGGGCGUCAUGGCUCUUGGCCCGCAUCCUGGCCUGGACUUACACCUUCUAUGACAACUACCGUCACCUCCGCUGUUUCCCACAGCCCCCAAAACGAAGCUGGUUUUGGGGUCACCAGGGCAUGAUUCAGAGCUCAGAGGAAGGUAUCCUGUACACACAGGGCCUGGCGAGCACCUUUGGGGCUGUCUGCCUCUGGCAGGUGGGGCCCUUGCAUGCAGUCAUCAGCAUCUUCCACUCCACAUUCAUCAGGCCUGUGCUUUUUGCUCCAGCCAACAUUGCACUGAAGGACCUGGUCUUCUACUCCUUCCUGAAACCCUGGCUGGGGGAUGGGCUCCUGUUGAGUGCUGGUGAUAAGUGGAGCCGCCACCGUCGCAUGCUGACACCUGCCUUCCAUUUCAACAUACUGAAGCCCUAUAUGAAGAUUUUCAAUGAGAGUGCAAACAUCAUGCAUGCCAAGUGGCAGCGCCUGGUCUCACAGGGCAGUGACAAUCUGGACAUGUUUGAGCACAUCAGCCUCAUGACCUUGGACAGCCUGCAAAAAUGUGUCUUCAGCUUUGACAGCAACUGUCAGGAGAAGCCCAGUGAAUAUAUUGCUGCCAUCUUGGAGCUCAGUGCCCUUGUGGCAGAAAGGCAGCAGCAGGUUCUCCUUCACCUGGACUUCCUGUACCAUCUCACUCCAGAUGGGUGGCGCUUCCGUAAGGCCUGUAAGCUGGUGCAUGACUUCACAGAUGCUGUGAUCCAGGAGCGACGCUGCAGCCUUCCAAGUCAGGGUAUUGAUGAAUUCCUCAAGACCAAAGCCAAGACCAAGACUUUGGACUUUAUUGAUGUGCUCCUGCUGAGCAAGGAUGAAGAUGGGAAGGGGUUGUCAGAUGAGGACAUAAGAGCAGAAGCUGACACCUUCAUGUUUGAGGGUCAUGAUACCACAGCCAGUGGUCUCUCCUGGGUCCUGUAUCACCUUGCAAAGCACCCAGAAUACCAGGAGCGCUGCCGGCAGGAGGUGCAAGAGCUUCUGAGGGACCGUGAGCCUCUAGAGAUUGAGUGGGACGACCUGGCCCAGCUGCCCUUCCUGACCAUGUGCAUUAAGGAGAGUCUGCGGCUGCAUCCUCCAGUUCCAGUGAUCUCCCGCUACUGUACCCAGAACAUUGAGCUCCCGGAUGGCCGGGUCAUCCCCAAAGGAGUCAUCUGCCUCCUCAGUAUUUUUGGGACCCAUCACAACCCAGCUGUGUGGCCGGAUCCAGAGGUCUAUGACCCCUCCCGCUUUGACCCAGAAAACAUCAAAGAGAGGUCACCUCUGGCAUUUGUUCCAUUCUCAGCAGGGCCCAGGAACUGCAUUGGGCAGACCUUCGCCAUGACCGAGAUGAAGGUGAUCCUGGCGCUCACUCUGCUGCGCUUCCGGAUCCUACCCGACAACGACGAGCCGCGCAGAAAGCCGGAGCUGGUGCUGCGAGCCGAGGGCGGACUUUGGCUGCGGGUGGAGCCGCUAAGCGGCGGCCAGCAGUGAUUUACUCCCGCCGGGCUUUAGACCCAUUGUGACCCCACCCACCUGCCUUUGCAGAUUCUCAAGAAUAAAACCGUGCUGUUCCCUCUGCCUGA